CUCUGCCUGAGCAGCCGAGGAGGAAGAGGAGACUGCGACCGACCGAAGGCGGCACAGCCGGGGGCUCUGGGCAUGUGGGUCCGACAGGUACCCUGCUCAUUCACUUGGGCUGUGCUGCAGUUGAGCUGGCAUUCAGGGUGGCUUCUAGAGGUCCCCAGUGGGCCCUGGAGGCCCCUCACCUUCUCCCCAGCCUGGCUCAGAGUGUCAGAGGGAGCAAAUGCCACCUUCACCUGCAGUUUCUCCAACUGGUCCGAGAAUCUCGUGCUGAACUGGUACCGCCUGAGUCCCAGCAAUCAGACUGUAAAGCAGGCUGCCUUCCACAACGGCUUCAGCCAGCCCGUCCAGGACACCCGCUUCCAGAUCGUACAGCUGCCCAACGGGCAUGACUUCCACAUGAACAUCCUUGACACACAGCGCAAUGACAGUGGCAUCUACCUCUGUGGGGCCAUCUCCCUGCCCCCUAACGCACAAAUCAAGGAGAGCCCUGGAGCGGAGCUCGUGGUAACAGAGAGAAUCCUGGAGACCUCAACGAGAUAUCCCAGCCCCUCACCCAAGCCAGAAGGCCAGUUCCAAGGCUUGGUCAUUGGUAUCAUGAGUGUCCUCGUGGGUAUCCCCAUAUUGCUGCUGCUGGCCUGGGCCCUCGCUGCCUUCUGCUCAACGGGUAUGUUGGAGGUCAGAAGAGCUGGUAACAAGGAAGAUGGUCUGAAGGAGGAGCCUUCAGCAGCACCUGCCCCCAGUGUGGCCUACGAGGAGCUGGACUUCCAGGGACGAGAGAAGACGCCAGAGCUCCCUGCCCCUUGUGUGCACACAGAAUAUGCUACCAUUGUCUUCACUGACGGGUUGGGUGCCUCAGCCAUAGGACGUAGGGGCUCUGCUGACGGCCUGCAGGGUCCUCGGCCUCCGAGACAUGAGGACGGACAUUGCUCUUGGCCUCUUUGACCAGAUUCUUCAGCCAUGAGCAUGCUGUAGGUCCUCCACAGGGAGCACCAGUCCGUUCCUCCAUCAAGAGGAACAUGGAGGCUAUGGUUCAGCAAAGGCUCCCAGGUCUGAGCUAUCUGGAGGGGCAGCCCAGCACUUGCACUAUUGAGUGAGAACUCUCUUCAUGGUUACCACAAGCUGGGAGCAGCAGGCUUCCCUGUUUCCCACUGUUACAAGGUGCAGAGCUUGGGGCCUAAGCCUAUGUCUUCUGAAUCCCGCUGUUGAGACACUAUAGCCUAUGGCCUGUGGGUUCUGGGCCUGAGUUCAGCCUGCCUUUGAGUAGCCCCGUGAGACAACCCCAUCACAAGGGGAUCCAGGUACACAGUGGGUCCGGCACCUGAAAACACACUUGGGAGAUACUCAGGUGGGAAAGUCAUAGGCUGGGGGAUUGAACUGAUCUCAAGACCUGGAAAAGUUUGGAUGAAGACUAGAAAAGCUCCUAGCUUCAGGGGUCUGGGAAACAUGCACACUCACCAGGCAACAGCUCCGUGAGAAUCCCUGCUGUCCUUCUGCAUGCCCAGGUACCUCAGUUCUUUCUACAGCAGGGAAACUGAGGCAAUAACAGGGAACUGGCAGAGCUAGACCCACCUACACCUCCAGUGGGGCACUUGACUCUCCCUACCCCUCCUAGGAACCAAAAGGACAAGAUCCAUGUGGGCAGCAGGGAAGGAAAGGAGGACGGACACAACCUUGACUCAUACCAACUCUGGCCACGGCGGGCAGUGGUUUAGGUGUUAGAGUCCACCCUGUCGUGGAGUCCAUUUCUGGCUCUCCUUCGUGUCUUGGGCUCUGAAAUGAACAAGUGUUUUUAGGGUUCCCUUAGCACUUCAGACAGUUAAGGCAGCAAGAGCCUCGCGGUCUGUCGGGCACCCAAAAUAACCAGGGCUCAAGAGUCCCUUUCCUUUGGUUCAAGCCCAUUAUAAUUAAAUGACAACAAAAACUCUAAGAAGUUCUCUGUUCUACUU